AUGGAGCGGGGUUUACGCCUUACCUUGGCAUUGUUGGCUUCAUUAUGUAUUUUAAUUGAUGGAAGCCAUUAUCGUGGUGGUAUCAUUACCUGGCGUCCGUUAAACAAUACAGUACAGGGUACCACUACACAAAUUCUUUUACAUCAAAGAUAUUUUUGGUACAGAUUAUGGAGCAGUUUUCCUGCACCUUUAUGCAGGGAAGCAGAUGUCGCUAGCCAAAGACCUAUUGUCGUAGCAGGUGCUGCUUUGAUCUGUUUAGCAAACUGCGCAACUUCUCCUACAUUUCCUCCAUCAAUUUCAGCCAAUAUGAUAACUUCAGAUUGUGAUAAUUCAACGAUCAUUGAAUCAUGGGGUGGUGAACUCUACACUAAUCUGACACUACAUUUGACAACAGACAUUACAAUUGGCUAUAACUCAAGUGCAUGGUUGUCUGCACUCUUUAAAGGUAGUGGUGGUUGGUCAAUUGUCAAUCGACUGAAUCUAGUUCCGAGACCUGAUGGUUUUAUCAACUCCAGUCCUGUUACAACUACAUUACCAUGUAUACUUUACCCAAGAAAUGUACCAAUACUUCAUAUUGUGCAAAUGUCAGAUAAUGAUUAUAGUGAUUAUUUGCUAUGCCGUUGGGCCAAUUCGAAUCAAACAUAUAAUUACGACCACGUUAAUGAAUGUGAAGGUGUCUGUAGUGCAAUGCCCAAUGGCACCUUACUCUUCGCAUCCAAUUGUACGUUGCAAUUCAUUCUACCUCAGGCUAAUAUAUAUUAUGCCUGUGCAUUGCAAAUCGAAGAUUAUUAUACCAAUAGCUCUUUGGAGCCAAUGAGUUCGGUUCCAAUACAAUUUUUAUUCUAUGCAUACAUUAUUCCUGUUGGUGCAUGUGGAACUCUUCCUUCAAUUAUUGGUGUUCGUCCAAAUAGAGCUUGCAUUGGAGUUCCAGUUGGUGUACAGCUCAAUGAAACUAUAGAGGUACAAACAUACUGUCCUGGUCAAACAAUUGUUAAUUUUGUCACUAGUUCACCUAUUGGAAUGACACAUAGUGUUAUUAGUAAUCCAAGUCCUGGUUUAUGGAUAAUGACAUUGACAUGGACACCUGUAGAAAACCAAUUAGGUCCUCAAGGUUUUUGUGCUGGAGCAGUUGACAAUAGUACUCUUCAAUCAGCUCCAUGGUGUAUCACAUAUCUAGUUGGCUAUGACUCACCGAAUUUAAUUCAUCCCAUAUUGGUACAAGGAUCAGCAAGUCCAAUAGGUACUGUUUUUGCAAACCAGUCGUUGUUUUCUAUACAAGCAACAAGUGCAGUUGGUCGUCCUACUCGUAAUGGAACAAACAUCUGUUUUCACUUGGACACUACAAAUGCAACUGUUCUAUGUUAUGAUGCUGGAUAUUCUCCAAAUGUUAUUUAUACUGGAUAUACUAUUGUAAUUGUUACAGAUAUAACAUGGACACCUGGCCAAUCCUAUUAUGUAACAAUGGAUGAUGGGUUUGCUAGUGGAAGUGUCUUUUGUCAUGCUGAAUCAUUAGCCAUUACUGAUAAAACAUUUUGGCGAUUCGAUAUCUGGAAUCCAGCACAUUCGAGUACAACCACAACUACUACUACUCCACCAACAACUCACACAGUUACAAGCUUAGGAACAACUACUACUUCAAUCAAUACUGCAUGUACAACAAGUGGAAUAGUAGUGACUACUACAAAUGCUUCUACGACUACAACAGCUGUCACUACCACACCUCCAACUACCGGUGGUCCAACAACAGCAGGACCAACUACAACAGGUGCAACAACUGAAUCAACUAUUCCUGUUUUUUAUCCAAAGGAUUUUGAAAAUGCAUGUCAACAACCAGUUGCAAUUAUGUCAUUGAUUAUGAUGAUUGGUUUUAUGCCUAUACAUACUCUGGUAAUGUAUGCUGCUUUUACAAAAUUCUCGAAUAUGCACAAACCAUCAAAUAUCGCUGCAAGAACAAGACAUCAACAACGAAUGAAAAAUAUUCUUGGACCUAAAAAAACAUUUACACGUGUCUCAAAUAUUUGA